UUAGUGCAGACAACAGUCCAUGUAUGUCAGACAGAAACCCAGAGUGCCAUCCCUGCACACAGCAUGAUUGGAAAUCUGGCCUGUACCUUGGGAAGACAAAUAAGUGCUGUGGCUCCUAGGAUCAUCCAGAUGAGAAGAUUCCUACAUGGAACUCAUUUCAGGGUUUCAUCUUCUGUGGAGGAAGCUCUGGCUGAUGGGAGACCGAUCGUAGCCUUGGAGAGCACCAUCAUUACACAUGGCAUGCCCUAUCCCCAGAAUUUGAGCAUGGCCAGAGAGGUGGAAGAGAUUGUAAGGACAAAUGGGUCAGUACCUGCAACCGUGGGCAUUUUAAAUGGCAGGAUCCACAUCGGCCUCAAUGAUGAGGAACUUCAGUUUCUGGCAAAGAGUAAAAAUUUAGUUAAGGUAUCUCGGAGGGACCUUCCCUACGUUCUCAGCCAGGGUUUGUCUGGCGGUACCACUGUGUCAGGGACGAUGAUUGUGGCACACAAAGCAGGAAUCCCCGUGUUUGUGACAGGAGGGAUCGGAGGGGUCCAUCGCGAAGGAGAGAAGACUAUGGAUGUGAGUGCUGACCUAACCGAGCUAGGACGCACUGCAGUUGCUGUGGUUUCCGCAGGCGUUAAGUCUAUUCUGGACAUUGGUAGGACGCUGGAAUAUCUGGAGACUCAGGGUGUCUGCGUGGCUGCCUUUGGAGACUCAAGGGAAUUCCCUGCCUUCUUCUCCCACCAGAGUGGCUUCCAAGCACCGUGUCAGGUGCAGAAUGAGGAGGAGGCUGCCAAACUUAUUGCCAGCACAUUGGCACUGGGCCUGGGCAGUGGAGUGCUGAUCGCAGUGCCCUGCCCUAAGGAGGAAGCUGCUUCAGGACAGGUCAUUGAAGAUGCCAUCCAAGAAGCUCUGAGCAACGCCCGGUCAAAAGGGAUCACAGGGAAAGAGCUGACUCCCUUUAUGCUACAGAAGGUGAAUGAACUAACUAGUGGAAAAUCGCUGGACUCCAACAUUGCUCUGAUCCGGAACAAUGCCAGAGUGGGCAGCCGCAUAGCUGUGGCCCUGAGCAAGAUCCAAACUGCCACACGGAAGGGCAACCUGCCUCGGCGUGAGAAAGUAACUGCACGUAGGCCUGUGGUGAUUGGAGGCAUCAAUGUGGACUUCAUAGCCAAGGCGAGGAAUACCACCAUACAGGAAGUAUCUUUUAAAAUCCAUUUGGUGUCUCAAGAGUUUUGUCUGGAACAGAACUGUGUCAUCUCAAUUUCAAAGCAUGUCUGCUUGCCUUUAAAAUGUAUGUUUCCAGGAGAUGUUUUUCCUGCCUGGACCCUCUCUCCGUCCAGAGAGGGAACAACCAAAGAGAGCACAAGCAAAACUUCCCCCGCCCCACCCCAUUGGAAAGUAUCUUCUUUCCCCAUUGGUCCUUCUGGUUAGGUUCCAACUAGGUUAAUUGAACCGAUUAACCCCUUACAGGCUGGCGGACAGACAAACGCUGGGCAAGUGAGCCAAUCUUUCGGAGGUGUGGGGAGAAACCUGGCAGAUUGUUUAAGCCGUCUUGGGAAGACCCCUCUCUUUAUCUCAGCUCUGGGGAAGGAUGAACAUUCAGAAUCCAUCUUGCGUUACUGUCGCCACAUGGACAUGGCAGGAGUCCUUCAGCUUGCGGGACACAGUACAGCUACCUACUGUGCAGUGAUUACAGGCAGUGGGGAGCUCAGCCUUGGCUUGGGAGACAUGGACAUCCACCAGCAGAUAACAGAGCAAUACGUGUCCAGGUUCAAGGAGAGUCUGUGCUUGGCCCCACUGGUAUGUAUUGAUGGGAACGUGCCAGUUGCCACCAUUCAGUACAUCUGUGAAAUUGCUACAGAGCACCAGAUAGCCGUGUGCUAUGAGCCAACAGAUGAGAACAAGGCUUCUAAGCCAUUCCUUUCAGACAGCUGGAAAGCGCUGACCUACAUCUCCCCCAAUCUGCGAGAACUAAGGGCAAUAAAUCGGACCCUCGGGCACCCUGUGCCGGCAGAGCUGCCAUCCAGGCUGGAGGAUGUUGUCAGGACUGCGAUGACCCUAACCCACCCCUUGCUGACACAACUGCAUUGUGUGGUGGUGACACUCGGCAUGCAUGGAGUCCUCUUGUGCGGCAGGAGAGUGGAAGGGAGUGUCUCACUGUGCCCUGGAACUUGCAAACAGAAUGCUGCAGGCGAGCUCUGUGCCACCCACUACCCAGCAAUCCCCAUCUCCAGGGAAGAGAUAGUGAAUGUCUCAGGAGCGGGUGACAGUUUAAUGGCAGGGAUAAUCGCUGGGCUACUUGCUGGGCAUGACACAGACACCUGCGUCCGGAUGGGCCUGCUCGCUGCCUGCCUCUCCCUCCGUUCAUACGAGCCCAUCUCCCAGGAGAUCAGUACUGUCAGCGUGAACCUGGAGCAGGUCAGGGCUAGGAGCUGGCCAGAGGUGAAGAUGUGGAAGAUGAAUUAGAGCUUGGGCUCUAGAGCUCUAGCAGAUGUUACCUCCCCAUUCCAACCACACCUGAAGCGCAACAUGACUUCAGAUUUCUAACCCCCACUGUCAGUCCCCCAAUGCCACACAGCCAAUAUCUGGUACUGCACCUCCCAGAAAGCAAAAAAUCAGGGUGCCUAAACUGCUUGGGUUGCACCUUCCUGAAAAAGCUUGUAUUUCUUCCUCCCAUAUUCAUAGCGUAGGCGCCAGUCAGCUGUUCCUCCAGCCCAAAGAGUUGAACCAAAUUCCUUUGAACAGCCCUGCUCAGCCACCACCUUGGCAAAACAAUGGAUAGC